AGGAAAUCACCCUUGCCUAAUGUUGAAACCGCUCAGGAGUGCUUUCCUUAUACUUCGUGGAUCCUUGCGUUUCGGAAAAUAACUGAUUUGUCACUGCACACUGUUUACCAUUAACGCAGCUAUAAGCCCUGCAUGAACAUACUUUGGCUGAUAUUACCAGCGUACAACUUUGCCGGUAUACGCGUAAAGCAUUUUUGGUCGAGGGGUCCUCCAGGGUAAAGCCGGGCUGGGUAAUGGGCCGUCUACAAUUGACCUUGUAACACGCAGCAUACUGGAGUAGGAACACCGUCUAAAGUGAAGCGGGCUUCCUGCAACUUAGAGCACGUAGACACGGCAUGGGGAUCCCCAACGAGGGCAGCAGCGGCACAUCAGGAGGGCGCGAGUCCAACAGUACAAUUCUGUCAUCUUACGUGGCGGGUUCAGUCACCGCAAUCACCUUGGCGUCAGCUGCGUAUCUCUUUUACCUCCGAUGCCAACAUAGAGGAACUGAACCCCAAACGACAGCCCAGAAAUGCACGUCAGAGGUCCAAGAGGUUGGGUUACAGGACGACCAGCCCAACAGCUUCAACGAAGCUCUACAAGCUCGCGGCCCUGCAGCUUCCUCCCAUACGCAACCGACCGACGCAGUUGAAAUCCACGCCCGAGGGCAUCAUAUUUCGCCGCACGAUACCACGGCCGUAAACGAUGUGUCAGACACCGGAACCUCCACACGCCUAGGCGACCUGUUGGGCAGGCUCUGGAGCCUUUGGCGUGGAGGUUCCAUGCCAUCACCUCACCUCAGAGGAGGCCCUGCUCCUCCAAGCCCUUGGCGCCGGGAAGUCGUUGCUGCAGAGGGCCCUGACACCGCCGCCGCCCGCCACCAGGACCAGAACCCGGGAGGUCCCGCGGAGGGGCGAGCUGCCGGUGUUGCUGGGCUGGAUGUCCCGGGUGGGGAGCAGGGGGACAUGCCGGAUGCAGCCGCGGAGGAGCCCUUGGAGGAGGCAGAGCCUGAGGGAGUGUCCUGGCGGGAGCUGCUGGAGGCGGAGGCGGACGAGCCGGACGCGCCGGAUGAGUUCAGGGACCCCAUCUCGCUCGCCGUCAUGCAGGACCCGGUGGUGCUGUGCGCCACGGGGCAGGUGUACGAGUACGGCACUCUGCGCAACUGGUUCCGUACCGGCAACCGCCUGUGCCCCAAAACCAACAUAGAGGUGCUGGACGUGCAGGUCAUUCGUGUGCCCUGGUUCAAGGCGCGCAUCCACGAGUGGCUGCGGCAACACGGCCGCCCGCCCCACCCGCCGCCCGACCCCACCGAGCGACUCGCGCGUCUGCACCCCUCCCUAGCCGCCUGGGUGCACGCCAUCCGCAACGACACCGGCGAGCGGCGCUCCGCAGCCCUGGCGGACCUGUACGAGGCGCUGCGGCAGUGGGAGGCAGCCACCGCGCCGCCUCCCGCCCCACACCCUCCCGCUGCAGGGGGCGAGGGAGCCUCUGCUGAAGCCCAGACGGCGGCCCAGGAGGCUGCUGCUGCUGCUGCUGCAGCACACGCUGCUGCGGUGGCCCAGGCGGGUGCGGUGGAGCGGCUGCACAAGUACGUGCGCGGAGCCGUGCUGGAUGAGGCGGUGUGGCUGCUCAGGCACGGCAACCCCUACCUGCAGGGCGUGGCCGCCUCCGUGCUCGCAUACUGCGACACGGCGGGCGAGGUGUCCUGGCUGGCCGCCACCGCAGCCGUGCCGGCGGUGUCGCUGUGCAUGUCGCAGAACCGCUACACCAGCCAGGCGGCCACCCGGCUGCUGUACAACCUGGCGCGCGGGGGGCAGGUGGCGCGGCGGGCGCUGGUGGGGGCGGGGGCCGUCACGGCCCUCAUCUCGGUGCUGGCCACGGACAGGCAGGAGUACGGCUACUGCCGCGACCGCGCCGCCGCCACACUGGCGCUGCUGAUCCGCGACGCCGACGGUCGGUCGCUGCUGGCGCGCUACGGGCUGCCGCACCUGGUGGCCAUGGUGCGCAGCGGGGCGGACCGCUGGGAGCAGCGGGACGCGGCGACGGUGCUGUUGAAGCUGGGGCUGAGCGAGGAUGAGCUGCGGGAGCUGCAGCUGAGUGCGGACGAGCUGGUGAGCUACUGGUGCUGCAGCCGGGCGUGGCUGGAGGGGCAGGCGGACGACCCGAGCAGGGGCUACACGGCAGCAGAGAAGCAGGCCCAGCAGGCGGUGGAGCAGCUGCGCGCCGGUACCCUCACGCACGCGGCGCUGGCGGGGCUGAUCGCGGACCAGGACGCCGACCUGCACCUCACCGGCUCGCUGGACGAUGCAGACGACCCCUGGGCGGAGGACGCUCACGACAGCGAGGAGGCUGCAGCCGCCUGGCGGGCGAUGGAGGAGGUGGUGCGGCUGCAGCUGGCAGCUGCAGCGGAGGUCUCACGACUGGAGCGGCAGGAGGCGGCGGAGCGGCGGCGGCGGGCGGUAGCUGAGGCGGGGCCCGCUGCCGCGGGUGACGACGGUGGACCCGGUGGCGAGGCUGCUGCGGAGCGCGAGCAACCAGGGGUUGAGCAGCACCCGCAUGCGGCUGGUCAGGAGGAGCAUGAUGCAGGUCAGGGAGGAGUGCCGGAGGAGUCGGAGGGGGAGGAUGGCGGCGAGGUGGCGGAUCAAGAGGUGGUGGUGGAGGAUGUGGAGGAGGAGCAGUAGCAACCUCGCGCACCCUCGCGUACUGGCGUCGACGAUGUGCAUGAGGGGUGCAUGAGUCGCCUACUCGAAGUGGAAGUAGGAAGUCGCUGGAGGGCAUUACUGGCACCUAGGGUGCUUGGCAGGUAAGGAUGUAGCAGAGGAAGGUAGUUGGCUUGCCGCUUGGCUUCCUGCGCUGCUUCAUGACCCUCCUUGCAACCCAGCCCAAUCCGUGACGGAAGGCGCUGAUGCCACUGUUGCUGUUGCAGCAACACAAAGGCGCUUGCCGUCGGUGCCGCUGAUGCCGUGGGGCCAGAUGUUCCCUGGGUUAAGGAAGGCGUACCAUUGUGCAAAAGGUGUGGAACAUGGAGACAGGCACACCAGCGCUCCUAUUUUCCCCGGGACAUGCGCGUAAGCGGCGGGUGUAUCGCGACUUACAUCGAAAGUACAUAUGUAUAUAUGACCCAGAGAA